GAUACAGCAACAAAAAGCGAACAAACACACGCUCCACCCGUUAUUGUAAGGUGAGACAGGGUAUGCAAGGACAAUUGAUUAGUAAGUAAACAAGAGAAGUGAAAUAAACUCAUAUGGGUAACACCCAUAAAAUUAUGUUGGUAUAAGGUUUCAAAAACGUAACAAAAAAAGUUGACAGCAAGAUUAUGACCUUCUUCACAGCCGUGUAUGAGUUAGACGUUCAUACAGAUAUUUACUGUUUGUUUGAGGGAUGAACACAGAUAAUAGUCUAUAAUAAUACUUUUCUUUUACGAAAAACAUCCAACAGAGCAGCCAGCUUCGUUCGUGUUGACAGAAUGCCGCAAGUAUUCUGUGCUACGUUUGAAUUCUCCGGAUUACAGAGAGUUAAAAAUGCGAGUGAUUUAGGUGUUUUUUUAUAUUCUUUUCACUUCUAACUUAUUGCUGGGCAUCUCAGGUAUACAAAUGGAGACCGUGGCGUUCAUAUAUAAUUUAUUCACUGUGUUAUACAUCGUUAAAAUGACCGUGGCCUUUAUGCCAAACUUCAGCGUGGAGAAGUCGAAUGAUCUUCGGGACGCCAGAACCCAUGCCAAUAUAACCAAAGAAGCAGCUCUGCAAACACUGGCUGAGUAUCUAUUUGACCACAGACAAGCAACGAAAGCAGACGAUAGCGCGCAGUCAGUGUCGUCUGCUUCUGAACUAUACAAAUGGCAUUUUGGAGAUCAAAAUGUUACCACCAAAAUGUUCACCGUGGCAAUGUUACAGAUAGAGGAUGGAUCUGCCUCUAUGGAUCUCAGCAAUGCUUUUAAGGACUUAUCGUCUGCUCAUUUUGAUUCUGAAAGGAUUUCGGAGAGCCAAAAUAGACUGGUUGCCGAGAGGAUAAAGGUGGCUCUUCUACUGAUGAACGGGGAUAUUGAGGGAGCACGAAUGGCAGCCGGUGGUUUUUUACACUCUUUACAAGAUUUUUACAGUCACUCAAACUGGGUCGAAAUAGGGCAUCAGUCCCAAAACUUAAAUCUAGGUGAGUCCGAGCGAUCUCUGGGAAACACGGCCCAUCCAAGUGCUCAAACCUGUGCAAACUGUGACUCGGAGAGUUGCAAUGGCAACAUACUAAGCAACAUACAGGACGCUAGACUACUGACCAGUGGGUAUGUGGCCGGACAGAAGGACAGUAACGGAAAUCUGGUGACAAAACGUGUCGGGAAAUGCAGUCACGGUGGAGUCAUGGAUUCCUCGGCCACUAAGUCCGCUACAGGGGGAAUCAACAAAGAUACUCCAAACGCCAAGUUAUCACCUCAUCAUUACCUUCAUCAAACGGCAGCAGAUUUAGCAAAAGCAGCGACUAUUUCAUAUCUACGGAAGCUCCGCCAGUGUCCGGGAGAUGUCGCUGUCAGAGAGUUUCUAGGGGCAUCUCAAGGCGGCAGUUUAUGCAUGGUUUUGGACACAACUGUUAGCAUGGCGGACGUCAUUGUCGAGAUAGAGAAUGCCGUGUCAAGGAUUGCAGAGACCAGGAAUAACUCUGACUGGAUGAAAUAUAUCUUAGUACCAUUUAAUGAUCCAGGAUAUGGUCCAGUAUAUACCACCUAUAAUUCCACGGCCUAUGCAGAAAAGCUACGCAGUAUACAUGCAAAGGGAGGCGGAGACACAGAUGAGCAAUCGAUGAAUGGGCUGCGUCUGGCCUUACAUGCCAUCCCCCACGGGACGCCAAUCUUCGUCUUCACGGAUGCUCUGUCGAAGGAUUCUGAAGUCGCUUCGGACGUGCACGCACUGAUUGCGCAUAAGAACUCGCCGGUGUAUUUUAUUCUGAAUGACCAGUUUGGUGGUAACCCAAACCCCAGCAAGUACCAGAGCGGAGAAAACGGGCCUCUUCACUCUUAUGACACCAUUGCUCUGCACUCAGGCGGCCAAAUCAUGAGACCGAAAACUAAAACAGAGUUCACAGAUUCCAUUAACAUUAUUGCUCAUUUGAUAAGCCCAGACCUGGUUACUCUGAUGAUUCGCUACAAUCACCCUGGAUCUGGCACCUUCGAUUUUUCUGUAGAUAAAACUAUCUACGCAGUGUUUGUUCUGGUAGUCUGUUCUCCUCAGGUGAAAGAUAACGUCCAGAUACUUGACCCAACAGGUAUCAACGUAGCUCCGUCUGCCGACCAUGUUGUCUCAACGACCAGCAUUAAACUGUUUAAAUUAAACAGCAUUUCGAGGGGGUGGUGGAAGGUCUUUAUAGAUUGUGAUGGCUCCCCAGAGUGUUCCUGCAAUGUCCACGUGCUCGCUAGAAGCACUCUGGAUAUCGUGACCUCGUUUGCUAGAGAAAUGAACGUCCUCCACCGAGGAUUAAAGAAAGUACCGGCCCGACCAACAAAAGAUAACAUGUCUUAUGUUCGCCUCCAUGUGGUUGGUGCAGAUGGUUUCCAGAGUCCUCUGCAGUCAAAUCAAAUCUUAGCAAGCGGUUACAGUUCAAAGGGAUCAGCUACACUGUUUUCACAUGCUCUGAAUGAACUUGUUCCAAAGGAAGAGUAUUAUUUUUCAGCCAACUUUCAAAACAUUUCACAAGGGUUUCGCAUCGGAAUGGAAGCGAAGGAUACAGAUGGACAACAAAUUGAUAGAAUAGUAACCCAACUGAUUUUCCCAGUCGAGUCAGAAAUCCUACUGGACUACUCCACGCCCCGCACCUGGCAAAUGCCAACCGGAGGAACCGAUCGCGUCACAGUCAAGGUAUCUAACCUUGGGACUUUGGGAGCCGACAUGACCCUUUUGCGUCAGAUUCGGGUGGCCUUGUGAGCAUGAUACUGCCCUCUGACAGGUUCACCAUUGCGGCCGGAGAAACGAAGACGAGGUUUGUCACACUAAUCGCACCUACUGCAACCACGCGCGGUCUUUCCAGCACAGUAAUUGUGUCGGCACACUCAAACAGAAGCAUGUUUGAGAGUUACGAUAUAAUACAACUUAACGUUGCGCCGAAGUCAUUUGAUUACGUCAGUCCAACCUGUGCAAUAGUGAGCCGCAGCGGUGACUGUUCCUCAACUUUCCACGGUUCAAAACCGUGCUUCGAAGACUUCUGGUCGAUUGAAAUCGUUGCAGCUGAUCAAGGAGUCGGGCUUUAUUCGGUACAUGAAUUAAAGAAUGGGGCGAACGCCACGCUGAUUGUCCAGUCUUUCGCCGAAGGUCUCACCAACCAAAACGUCACCGCUACUUACACUUCCGACUGCUGCACGCUUUCGGCUGACAUCGUCGCUUGUGAUGCAUUCGGCAAUAUUGGCCUUUGCUCAGAAGUUGUUGUGAAUAAAAUCAAUACAUCAGAGCCGACGGGGUUGAGUUCUGGUUUUCUUACAGCAGUGAUUCUUGCAUCUGUGGCGGCAGGAUUGCUUUUAGUUGCUCUGUGCUGCUGUAUCUGUUGCUGGUGUUGCAUACCGGCGUGGAGGAGGAGGAGAAAGAGAAAGGGAAGUCUGAGUAGCACCUCUUUAAACUCGUCCCAACCUGGAUGGAUACCACACGGAUACAGGUCUCAAGCAUAUCCGCUGGCCUUUUAUUUGUACGCUGAAGACUGAGUUGCAUACAUAUCUAUUUCAAAGUGAUUACUUACUUCUAAGUAAAAAUACAUGUGUGUUACUAUCGACCUUACUUCAUCUCUACUGCUGAACACGCGCACACGCGCUCCCACACGUACCCAAGAUCAUUAAAAAUGUAUAAUGGCUUUAAUCAGUGACAAUUUCAGAAGUAGAAAGGCUGGGAAUAAUGAAGUAAAUCUGAGAUAAACAUACUACAUGUAUAUCCUCUGGCCGGUCCAGGAUUUUGCUACAGUAGGACCUACAUGUAGGUGCACACAAGAAUAAACAAUGCACGUUAAACAAAAUACCAGACAUUGCAAUAACAAUUCUAUUAUAAGAUGUAGGAAACGGGGUGAAAAUGUUGUACCUGUCUCAUAUAACGAGUUAAGCUGUCUUUUGGGAGAUUGGGGGCGAAGAGGUCACUUCCAACACUAGGGGUAGGUGCAUGUGACACACUGCGCCCUCCUUUGAUACACGCACUAGUAUACCGGUAGAGCAUUGUAUUGGAGUCGGGCAUUGUAUUGUAUCUUUCCUUCUGAGACAUGAGACUAUGCUUAUUGUAUUUCAUAGUAUCAUUGUGCAGUUAAAUACAAGUGUAUGUUUAUAGAAUACUUUUACUACCAAACCAAUAUUUUGCCUUGUAUCAGUUUAAAAU